ACGUCAUUGGUAUUGGUGCAUUGGUCGGUCAUUGGUCUCUGAUAAAUCUGAUAAAUGUCAAACAUUACACAUCUCUUGUUUAGGUUAGUCUCGGAAAGUUGAAUUGCAAAAAUAAUGUAAUUUAUUGUUGUAGGGCAGUUGAAAUGUUGAAUUAAUCCGGAUAUUAAUUGUAUAUAUAUUUUUUUGAAGAGAUAUUUACUACCGUUGACGUUAAGUGUCCACUUCAUUCAGUAAUAAAUACGUGUACACCAGAAUAUUAUUACAAGCUUACUGAUGCCGUUUACUAAUAUAUAAAUACAUUCGACGUAUGUUUAACUAUAGUCAGAAAUAAUUUCAGUUUAUCAGUUUGUGAGUUUCGUUGAAUGCAAAUAUUUAUUUAUAUGUCGUGUUUUACUAAAGAAAUUAUAACAUACUAUAUGUAAAAUGAAGUAUAGUUUGGUUUUAUUACUAUAUGCAUUAUUAUUACAAUCAGUCACAAAUGAAUCAGUAGAAAAUAAAAAUUAUAAACCAAAAACUGAUUCAAAAUCUGAUUUAAAAUCUGAUUCAAAACAAGUUGAGUCAGAAGAAUUACAAAUUGUGGAAGAUCUAAAUAAAGAAAAUCGACAAAGCAAAGGUGAAAAAACAGAUGACGUUUAUAUAUCACCUAAGUCAGGUAAUAAGUUAUGGGAAGAAUCCGAAUGGGUAACGGAACUAAUAUCGAAGCUUGAAUAUAACAUUGGUGAAGAGUCUUUGAAUGGCAAUAAAGACGAUGUGUUGACAGAAUCACUACAUUUUGAGAAAUCUACAAUUCAAAGUCAGUCAUUAAGAAAUCUUCCAGAAAGUGAACAGAAAGCUGAAUUAUUGUACAAAAAAGGAUAUUCUAUCUUGAAUAAAGCCAGACCUGAACUAGAAUCUGGUUUGAAUUUAAUGGAACAGGCUUCAAAAUUAGGACAUGCAGGUGCGAAAGCAGAAAUUAUAUGGGCUGAUUUGCUAGGAAGGAAAAACAAAGACAGAAUGCUUGGAACUGAUGCUGCUAAAGCAUUUCAAGAUCUUGCAGAACACGGACUACCUUCUGCCCAUAUGGGUUUAGGCUUUCUGUACUCCAUAGGAUACGGUGUAGAGGUUUCACAAUCGCGUGCGCUGGUGCAUUAUACAAUUGCUGCUUUGGGCGGAAAUGAAUGGGCUCAAAUGGCGUUGGGGUAUCGAUAUUGGAGCGGAAUCACGGUGGCGCCCAGCUGCGAGAAGGCUUUGGAUCUUUACAGAUCAGUUGCAGCAAAAGUGGCAGGCGAUGUAUCAUUAUCUGGUGGUGCAGCAGUUCAAAGAAUCAGACUGUUAGAUGAAUUAGAUAGUCCUGGUACUAGCAUAUUGGAGCAUGAUCUUAUUGAUUACUAUCAGUUGUUAGCAGAGAAGGGUGAUAUACAAGCUCAGGUAGGUCUUGGUCAACUUCAUUAUCAAGGAGGCAGAGGUGUUCGGUUGGAUCAUCAACGGGCUCUACAUUAUUUUACGCAGGCUGCUAAUGCUGGCAAUGCGUUGGCAAUGGCUUUCUUAGGCAAGAUCUAUCUAGAGGGAGGUGGCGGCGUUCCCGCCGAUAACGAAACCGCUCUUAAGUAUUUUCGCCGUGCAGCAGAUGCGGGUAACCCUAUUGGUCAAAGUGGUUUAGGCCUGAUGUAUUUGCACGGAAAAGGUGUUGAGAAGGACACAAAUAAAGCAUUGAAGUAUUUUACUCAAGCUGGUGAUCAAGGUUGGGUUGAUGGACAGUUGCAACUAGGAAAUAUGUAUUUUGGCGGUGUAGGUGUGCCACGAGACUUCAAGUUAGCAUAUAAGUAUUAUUCGCUUGCCUCACAGUCCGGACAUGUUUUAGCAUUUUAUAAUCUUGGUCAAAUGCAUGCUUCAGGCAUGGGGAUGAUGCGAUCCUGUCCUACGGCGGUUGAGCUUUUUAAAAAUGUUGCUGAGAGGGGUCGCUGGUGUGAACGACUGAUGGAAGCCCAUAGUCUUCAUCGAGUUCGAGAGUAUGAUUCAUCAUACUUGCAUUAUACUUUGCUUGCGGAGCUGGGCUACGAAGUCGCUCAAAGCAAUGCAGCACACAUGCUUGACAGAGGUGAAGUAUCUCUAUUCGGUGGGUCUUCAGCAGAUUUUGUGCGAGCUUUACUUUAUUGGGGCCGCGCAGCUGCGCAAGGCUACUCCACGGCUCAAGUAAAAUUAGGAGAUUAUCAUUAUUACGGUCUAGGAACUCCUGUUGAUUAUGAAAUGGCUGCUUCACAUUAUAGAUUGGCAUCUGAGCAGCAACACAACGCACAAGCCAUGUUCAACUUAGGAUAUAUGCAUGAGCAAGGUCUUGGUAUGGCCAAAGAUACUCAUCUUGCAAAAAGAUGUUACGAUCUCGCAGCUGAAACCAGUACUGAUGCAAAAAUUCCUGUAGCUUUUGCUCUUUUUAAAUUAUCUCUCAUGUUUCACUGGAAAUCAUUAACGGAGGAUUCUCUAUCUUCUGUAUUUGAUUUAGAUGAGAUGCUUUCGUCCAACUGGGAUUUAUACUUAAUAAGUAUAUUAACUGCGAUGAUUGGAGUUUUAGUGUACUUUCGGCGGGCGCCAUAGCCACCACAUGAAGAGCAAAAAGGAAGUUUUUGAAAGUAAAUUAAAAAAUUUAAUCAAUGAACAUUUUUUCCAUUUGUACAAAUUAAAUUAUAAAGGAUUCUUUGAAAUAAACUUGUUAUAAGGGACAUAACUUAUUCAAUACAUUAUAUGAAGUAAUUGAAGUAAAU